AGCCGUUUUGUGAAAGGAGGAGCAGCAGACGCGACAGGUGAAUGAUUUACAACUUGGCGUUUUCAUCGUCUCACCUGUUCAACAUCCAAUUAAUUUAGUAAAACUGUGAGCGCAGGUGUUCCGUUGUUGCUAACGCGUUCGUUUUGUCCCCGAACAUAAACUACAAAUCGGUUUAAAUCGGUUUAAUAAAAAGGGCGACAUCGGAGCCUGAAGUCAGCAGGUCAGUGGGAGCGCAAGGAGGCACCUCGGAGCAGCGGCCAUGUUGUCCGCGGAGGAGAUUCUGUGCAGCACGCAGCAGGUGAUCACCGGGCUGGAGGCGCUGAGGGGGGAGAACCGCAGCCUGCUGGAGAACCUACAGGAGGUGUCGCAGAGCGGCAGCGUGGAGCAGGAGAAGAGCGGCAUCGUCCGACAGUCGCUGGAGAGGAUCGAGCUGGGCCUGAACGAGGCGCAGGUGAUGAUGGCGCUGUCGGCUCAUCUCGGGUCUCUGGAGGCAGAAAAACAAAAGCUGAGAGCUCAGGUGCGUCGCCUCUGUCAGGAGAACCAGUGGCUGCGGGACGAGCUGGCCGGCGCUCAGCAGCGGCUGCAGGACAGCGAACAGGACGUGGUCACCCUGGAGGAGCAGAACAGACACCUGCAGUUCAUGUCCUCCAUCCGCAAAUACGACCAGGACGAGCCGCCCCUGGAGGAUGGAAACUCUUCCAGCAGGGAGUCUUUGGACGACUUGUUUCCUGCAGAGGACGAGGAGCAGUCCCAGAUGUCGCAGCCUCGUCACAGCAGCGCAGCGGCCGCCGCUCAGCAGGGCGGGUACGAGAUUCCUGCCCGCCUCCGAACGCUCCACAACCUGGUGAUCCAGUACGCGUCUCAGGGUCGGUACGAGGUCGCCGUUCCUCUCUGCAAACAGGCUCUGGAAGACCUGGAGAAGUCCUCGGGCCACACCCACCCUGAUGUAGCCACCAUGCUGAACAUCCUGGCUCUGGUGUACAGGGAUCAGAACAAAUACAAAGAGGCAGCAAACCUGCUGAACGACGCGUUGGCCAUCAGGGAGAAAACUCUGGGACUGGACCAUCCGGCUGUGGCAGCGACGCUCAACAACUUGGCCGUGCUUUACGGUAAAAGAGGAAAAUACAAGGAGGCUGAGCCUCUUUGUAAACGAGCUCUGGAGAUCAGAGAAAAGGUUCUGGGUACGGACCACCCCGACGUGGCCAAGCAGCUGAACAACCUGGCUCUGCUGUGUCAGAACCAAGGGAAGUACCAGGAGGUGGAGCAGUACUACGAACGGGCUCUACACAUCUACCAGAGCAGACUGGGACCAGACGACGCCAACGUAGCCAAGACCAAGAACAACCUGGCCUCGUGUUAUCUGAAACAGGGCAAAUACAGACAAGCUGAAGCUCUUUACAAAGAGAUUCUGACCCGAGCUCACGACAAAGAGUUUGGAUCAGUGGAAGGUGAUGGCCGUCCCCGCUGGUCCAGCGUGGAGGACGGCGGCUCUGCGCAGGACGGGCUGAAGCGCAGCAGCUCCUUCACCAAGCUCAGAGAGUCGAUCCGGAGAAGCAGCGAGAAACUGGUCCGUAAGCUGAAAGGAGUCGGGAUGGAGGAAACGACCCCGAGGAAUGCUGGGAUGAAGAGGGCAAACUCUCUGAAUGUUCUUAACGUUGGAACCAGAGAGAAUCGGGAUGGAACUCAGUCGAGUCAUCUGACGGACAGUCGAGGCCUGAGCUGCAGCACGCAGAGUCUGACGAGGCGAGGCUCGCUCGGCGGGACCAGAUAACACGAAAACACUCGCACCAUCUGCAUUUAAGACUUUAAGCAGAAACCGGAAGGAUGUUCACUCCCUGAGAAAACCUGCUGCUGCGAGCCGAUAUCGACACGGCACGGAAGAGAAACUGAGGUGGCCGAAAACCGGCGGUCAGAAAUCAGAUCCCCAAAUUUAAUUAUAUCAGCUUUUAUGAAUCAGUGUGUCUGUUUUAAGGUAAUUAGUUUAAUAAUUGCACGUUUGUUUUUAAAGGUGACCAAAAGCAAAAAAAAAAUUUAUUGCGCCGAGAGCUAAUUAACGUUAAUUGCGUUAACGGCAGAGCUGGUGAUCUGCAGAUCGACAUGUUUUAAUACUUGAACAUUUAUUUAUAAAGUAGAUUUUCUCUAAUUUAACAAUCUUCUUAAAAAAGUGAUUUUAUAAAAAACAGGGAUGUAAAGUUUGAAUAAUGACCCAGAGUUCUUGUUGAGCUGCACAAGAAGAGUUUAGCCGU